ACCAAAGAUUGAGAGAGAUCGCCCACCAUGACUACAGCCCAUAGGCCCACAUUCGACCCGGCCCAAGGGAAAGAGGCUCUCCGCGGCCCAGCCUACCACCAGCGCCUUCUCCCCGCCUACACGCACCUGAAGACCCGUCAACAAGGCCAGGGAAACGAAAGCGAGAGCCAGACACGAGAUCUGCGCGCAGAGCUCCUCCAAGCCGAGGCGACUCACUUCGCGAAGAAGAACGGCGUCCCCGUGGAUGCGCCUGCUAUCGACAACGCGACCCCCAAGCGCCAGCUGGAAGAUGCACCACCGGGCGGCGAUGCUACGGGACUCGAGGAAGAUCCGGAAGCGAAGCGACGGCGAAUAUUAGAAGAGUCGCGCGAUAUAGACGCCGAUUCGGAUGGGUCUGAGGAGGAAAGCAGUGACGAAGAGAGUGACGACGACGAAGAUGAAUCGGCCGAGCUGAUGCGGGAACUGGAAAAGAUCAAGAAGGAGAGGCUCGAGCAGAAGGAGAAGGAAGAGCGCGAACGUGCGGUCGAGGAAGAGGAGAAACGCGAAGUAGACAUCGCCCGGGGCAACCCCUUGCUCAAUGCUCAAGAAUUCAACAUGAAGCGCAGGUGGGAUGACGACGUGGUGUUCAAGAACCAAGCCCGGGGUACAGAGGACAAGCGAGGCAAGGAGUUUGUUAACGAUCUGCUACGAUCGGAUUUCCACAAGAGAUUCAUGUCAAAAUACGUCCGUUAGUCGUUGCUGUUACUGUACAGAAGUGUGGCAGGCACCAUAUCAGCAGCGCCAAGGAUGGACAGCUAUGGGGCUUGGAUGGAAAUCCAAUUUAUGAUACCAUUACUCAGAUAGGGAAUGUCAACCGAC